CGCCGAACAAAUUAUGGGAAAAUCGGGGGAUAUUUGAAAUUUAUAAGUGGCUACGAGACGGAUGGAGCGCGGAGGAGGAGACGGGACGCCGGUGGACGACCGAGACGACAUGGACGUCGACGAAAUGUUCGGUUCGGACACGCCAUCGUCAGGGUCGGACUCGGACGUGCCGCUACGACCUCCGAAACCCUCCUCAACGAAAUCUGCUCCGUCGUCCACCCCAUCGUCCGUGUCACCUGCAACGGACGAGAAGAAGGUUGCCGCGACGUCUGCUUCAAUAUCUACUACGUCUGCCGCGACCAUGGACUCGACAGUGUCGAAUGUUCCAGCGACCGACGACGAAGCCUCCGAAGACAACGACCAUGAAUUGACGACAUGGGCCGCCAUCGACAUGCAGCCUGCUAUGAACUUGAUUGACAAGUUGACGAAGACCUCUGUGGAUGCUGCCAAGGACUUCAAUGCCUCUGUCGUGUCGACCACGCACCAACUUGUCAGUGGAUGCGACUCCGUUCUCUUGGAGAUUAAACACAUUUCUGACAUCCGCGACACGAUGAAACGAAAGGCUGCUUCGUCGGCCCAUUCCACACCAUCUGUGACGAUGGCGUCUCACGCGUUGGGCACAUCCAUGUUGCCUGCCUCGUCGUCGUCAACCGUCCCGCCGCCUUCGGUGGUUACCACGUCGGCGGCAACUCCGUCUUUGGACAAGGGCACCGAAGAUCAAACCGAUCGCGUCUUGUACAAAAUCGAAGCAAGCAUAGAGAAGUUUCGCGAACUGGCUGAAAUGAUCCAAACCACGAGCAUGCACCAUGAAGCGCUGCUCGUCCAGAAGCUCCAUCUCCCUUCGUCGUCCAUCCAGACAAUGUUCUCCUCCAUCCACAACGCUGCGGCGGCUGCCACGUCUGCCGCGAUCGCGCAAAUCCGACAUCACAUCCCGCGCACGUUGACCUCUGAGCAACGAACCAAGCUCCAGACUUGGUACUACAGUUACCCCCGUCCGUUAGCUGACGAACUCGAGCUCAUGAGCUCUAUCUUGAGCUAUCCGCCGUACUCGACGACGUCGUUCAGCCUCGUCCAUCCGCAGCAUGUUCGUGACUGGUUCAAGCGACGGCGCUUUCGUGAGCGCAUGCGACUUGUCGUGCAGGCAGUGGAAGCAGCCGGGGGGUCGAAUGAUCCAGUGUCCCUCCACGCCGCAGAAGCCACCGUCCGCGCUCGCAUGGAGCUCCGCAUCCAGACCCUGAGGGAAGCGGUGAACCCAGACGAGUUGGUGCGAGAACUGGAACACGUCCGUCUGUCGUCGUCGCUGUAUUCGAACGCAGCGUCGUCCUUCAGCCACAAGCGCAACUUGGAUCAGUUUCUCGCGGCAGCUCAGCACGCGAUCUUAGCUCCUGGAGGACCGCAAAGCGCCGAUAAGAAGCCACGGCUUUUGCAGGCGGGUGGCCAUGGUGGUGCUUCAGCUUCCUCGUCGACUCUGUUCCAUGUCAGCUCGGGUGGUGUCGAUGACGUGGAUGACGCGAUUGUGGUCAAAGUUGCAUCAAAAUUUGAAGUCGAAGCGAUCCAGCGAAGACUGCAGACCCUGCUGCAAGCCCCCAAGACCACUGCAAACACGAACAGCAUCCAACAAGCGAUGGAUGUGCUUCGGUCCCUUGACAUUUCAAGCGAACUGAGACAAAGCACGGGUCUCGUUUCAGACUUGAAACGCGUGCUCAAGGUGUACAAGAAGCCGUCGCUGUUGCGGCGAACGACGGAAGCACUCAUGGAGUCUCUGGGGCAGGCGACAAUGGCGAAAAAGACAAAACGGUCAUCGGGUCCACCACCAGUCGUUGUGUCUGCCUCAUCGCCGCCACCACCCCCGCCGCUAGGGACGCAGCCUGCUACUGAAAUCAAGCCUGGUGGGACUACGUCAAAGCGAAAGAAGGGGGCGAAACUUCUCCGCCCGAUGAAAUUCUCGAUGCAGCAAGUGGCCGCCCUCGAAACGUGGUUUCAAAACACGUUCAAGCCGUCUCAAGCUGAAAUGGAAGAAUACCUCGAUGCACUGAACGCCGUGCCACUGCGCGAUCCAAAGCAAACCGUCGACGUGAACAUGACACAGCUUCGACGUUGGUUCAACAAGCGGAGAUGCCUGCGUCGCCCUCCAUAUGCAUUGAUGACGACCAAGGACAAGAAAGAAUUUGGCGACGACGAUAACGACGAAGUGGGGGGCACCCCGGACGACUAUGAUGAGGACGAGGUCGACGAGGAUGACGAGGGAGGAACCCCUGCUUCACAGACGGCAACAGGCUCGUCUGUCGGAGCGCUGGCAUCCGAUGAUGAUGAUCAAGCAUCCAGUGACGACUCGUCAAGCGAUUAAACUAUCACGUACCAAUGGAGACCGACCUUGUGACGAGUGGUUCCCUCGCCGUUCCUACUAUUCGUCUACCGAUAUCCCUUCGUUCUGCGCAUGCGCCUUCGUACCUGCGAGGUCGUUUCCGCCGCCAUUGACGCCAUUCCAUCACCAUAAUAAGUGCACGAAAUUCAAAUUUCCC